AUGGCUUCAGAGAUUCUGGCAGAAGAAUUCGAGGUCCUCGAGUCGAUAUAUCCCACAGAACUCUCUAAAAUAUCCGAAAAUGAGGUUCGCAUAGAGGUCGAGCCAGAAGAAGUGGAAGAAGGCAUAGAACCUGUGAAACUGACCCUCGAUGUCCGAUAUCCUGAUAACUACCCAGACACACUGCCAGAGCUCUCUCUAGAACCUCUAGAAGGCGAAGUAGAUGACAGUGAGAUUGAGCAUCUCAUCUCAGAGCUCCACAAAGUGGGAGAAGAGAAUCUGGGCAUGGCCAUGACUUUUACAUUAGUAUCCCACCUACGUGAACAGCUUGUUGCAUUGGUCCGUGAUAGAUCUGAAAGACAACGGAAAGAAGAGAUGGAGAAGGAACGACUGGCUCUCGAAGUCGAGGAAGCAAAAACACGCGGUACAGCGGUCACUCACGACUCCUUCUCUGCUUGGAAAGCGAAGUUUGAUAAGGAGGCGGCCGAGAAGAAAGCUCGUGAGGACGAGGAGAAGAUGAAGGGAAUGAUCCCUAAGGAGCGAGAAGAGUAUAAGAAGCUUGCCACCAGGCUGACCGGCCGUCAGCUCUUCGAGCGUAACCGGGACCUUGCUGCUUCGGACGACAAUCUCGUCGAAGAAGGAACGGUCUCUAUCGAUGCCAGCCAGUAUGAGAGAGAAACCAGGGAAGAGGAGGAAGAUGAGAAUCAAGUCACUUUCAGCGAUAGCGAGUAA